UUGUCGCAGGUGCUCAAGUUGCGACUUCGUCAUUUACUGCGGCAGUUAACCCGCUAGUCUCCACAACACUAGCUUCGUUUUGAAAGCUGUGUGUCAGUUGGCCAAUUAUAUGUUGGCGUUUGGUAAACAACUACAUUCGUUUUUCUGACUACCGUCCACGUGGGUACCCCAUACGUAGCUGAAGUCAGCUGAAGAAAGCCGUGUGUCCCAUUCAUUUGCUAGCGGCUAACUAGCAAGCCGGUGUGAAUGAAUGAAUGAAGGAAAGAGAAGAGUACGCUGUCUCUACUGAGUCUCACAACUACUUAUGUUGUAUUCAAACGACUCGCAUACAUCCCGCUGUUUAAUUAAGAUGAGUCAUUAUGCUUAGUAAUUCAUUCAUUUUUAUUACAAGCCUGAUAUGAUAAGAAAGCUACGGCCUGCUAACAUUCGCAGAUGACCUAUUUCGUUCACUAAAUACUGGAUUCUAACGCGUCAUUUCGUAGAAUAGCUUCUUAACAGGUAUUAUAUGAACAAAGUACACACAUAAGUGUAUCUAUAGUGUAUAUAUGAGGAUAAAGCGGUAGAUAAUGGAUGGAUGGACUUUAUUGACUCCAACUGGGGAUUAUUUUGGGUUACAGCUGGAGCUGCGCAAUAUUGGACUUACUGCCAAAUCCGAUAUGUCGAUACAUUGGAUCAUGGAUAGUUUUUAUCUACUGUUUCAUAUAUGCAUUUUAACUUGCACAAAAAUUCAAAAUCCUUCUACACUUAUAAAAAUUAAAACAAUACAAUACCAUUUUAUUGUUUACUGUUACCGUUUUCCAGACAAACUCCUUUGAUUCAUUUGAAUAAUCAAAGGAAUUGAAGACUGUACAUUUCCAUUAAUCCUACAAAGACAAAAACUGCCUAAAUGACUAUAAGAACAAUAUGAUUUUUGAAGAACGUUAUGAGACCCAACCAGAUUUUCCUGUUGUCAGUAGAGAUGGCUGAGAAUGAUGUUGACAAUGAGCUUCUGGACUACGAGGAGGAUGAUGAGCCCCAGGGAGCACCAGAGAGUGGGACCCCAGCAAAUAAGAAGGAUGUGAAAGGGUCCUAUGUAUCUAUCCACAGCUCUGGCUUCAGAGAUUUUCUCCUCAAACCAGAGCUGCUUCGAGCCAUUGUCGACUGUGGUUUUGAGCAUCCCUCUGAAGUUCAACAUGAGUGUAUUCCUCAAGCCAUUUUGGGAAUGGACAUCCUGUGUCAAGCCAAGUCUGGUAUGGGGAAGACGGCAGUGUUUGUUCUGGCCACACUGCAGCAGAUAGAACCUGUGGAUGGUCAGGUGUCUGUCCUUGUGAUGUGCCAUACACGAGAGUUGGCCUUCCAGAUCAGCAAGGAGUACGAACGCUUCUCAAAGUACAUGCCCACUGUCAAGGUGUCCGUGUUCUUCGGUGGCCUGGCUAUUAAAAAUGAUGAGGAUGUCCUGAAGAAGAACUGUCCUCACAUCGUCGUGGGAACACCAGGGCGUACCCUAGCCCUCAUCCGCAACAAGACCCUCAGUGUGAAGAACAUAAAACACUUUGUGCUUGAUGAGUGUGAUAAGAUGCUGGAGCAGCUGGAUAUGAGGCGCGACGUCCAGGAAAUUUUCAGGCUGACACCUCACGAGAAGCAAGUUAUGAUGUUCAGUGCAACUCUCAGCAAGGAGAUUCGCCCCGUCUGCCGCAAAUUCAUGCAGGAUCCAAUGGAAGUUUUUGUAGAUGAUGAGACCAAGCUGACACUUCACGGCUUACAGCAGUAUUAUUGCAAGCUGAGAGACAGCGAGAAGAACCGAAAGCUGUUUGACCUACUUGAUGUGCUCGAGUUCAACCAGGUGGUGAUCUUUGUAAAGUCUGUGCAUCGCUGUGUGGCUCUGUCACAGCUGCUGGUGGAGCAGAAUUUCCCUGCUAUUGCCAUCCACAGGGGAAUGUCACAGGAGGCAAGGUUAUCCCGGUAUCAGCAGUUUAAAGACUUCCAGCGAAGGAUCUUGGUUGCAACUAACCUGUUUGGCCGAGGCAUGGACAUCGAGCGAGUCAACAUCGUCUUUAACUAUGACAUGCCAGAGGACUCUGACACUUACCUACACAGGGUGGCUCGUGCUGGCAGGUUUGGGACCAAAGGUCUGGCCAUCACCUUUGUGUCAGAUGAGACUGAUGCUAAGACACUGAAUGAGGUCCAAGACCGUUUUGAGGUCAAUGUUGCAGAGCUCCCGGAGGAGAUUGAUAUUUCUUCUUACAUUGAACAGUCGAGAUGAGUCUGACCGAUGAAGAAUGGAGACAAAAAAAAAUUAAGCUCAAUAUUUUAUUUCAACGUUCCCCUCCCUCCAUAUUUGUUUGCGAGGAUAAAUCAUUUAUUUUUCACGUUUUUGCAGGCGCUUGUUUUAGUGUUUUUUGUGUGUUAAAAAUCAUGGAUAUUGUUUUGUUAAGAAAAAUAAAUUUUUAUACCUCAUGUGAUGCUAUUAAUUUUGCACAUUUAAGUAUGUCAGAUGUUGCAUUAAACUGACACAAAUGGUAUCGUAAAUGGCAUACUUUGUUCUUUUGACUGGAGGUAAUUCUUUUUCACCACCAGAGGGUGCUCUCAGUUUCUAAAUGGAAUCAUAGCUUAUGAUUUUGAACUUGGCUGUGUGGUUGGAUAAUUUCAAACUAGUAAAAGUUGAUGUUGCUCAAGGGAAAUUUACAUGACUGUAUUAUUUAAUACAGCAAGAAGACUAACUUAGCUAACUUUGUAAGGAUACUUUAUAUUAAAAGUGUUCUAACAUAAGGAAGAUGUAAAGGCUUAAAGGUGGGGAAUCGAGUGGACGUUCAGUAUAUGCAGCCUAUAGGAAUGGAAAAUGGUUAAAAUAAAACCUCAUGAAAUGUGAGUUCAGCUGCGACUUAUCAUAUGGGUUGGGUGGACUGAGAAAAACUUGAAACAGCUACACUGUGUCUUCAUGUGACCGUUGUAUAAACUUGGAUCACAAUAAUACAGAAGGCAGCAUUAUCCCCCAAAACGUUCGGGUAACACUUCUAAUCUGCAUUAAAAGCACAUAGAACCCAGAUGUUUUUGAGAAGUGUUGAUACUGGUCCAGUCACAGCUGCUCUUAUUUAAUUGUUCAUUACAGGGAAAGUUGUACUUGAAACAUGAACUGUUGCAGUGUAUGUUAAUAUUUGUAACAUGCUGAUUCUGAAUUAAAAAAAAGUUAUGUAAAAAGCGGCCUUUGUCCACAUUUUGCGUCAUACUGUCUACAUGCUUGUCCUUGAGAAGUUGCUACUAUCAUCUCAGCGUGUGAACGUAUUAGUCCUUGUACACUGCUCUCCAAGUCAAAUUUUCGUGCUAAACAGUGUGAUUUUGCUCUGUUAAUGUUUCUCUUCUCAGAAUAAUCUUUUGAGUGUUUCCAAAAAAAAAAAAAAAAAAAAUACUCCAACACCUGAACCAGCUCUCGGUCCAAUGAGAAGGGUCCAGGUGUGCUUCAGGGCUCUAGUUUAGGUCCCACGUCUGUUCCACUCUGGUCACACUUUUUAUAUUAAAGGUUGCCACUUCCACACAGUCUUUGUAUUCAGGCAGGUGCCUGUGGUCUUCACUCACUUGGAGCCAGAUUU